UGCAUUGUGGGUGUUUUUUAAAUUGAUCACGUGACUUCUUUGUGUGGCAGUCGCCGCAUGUAAUCAGGUCAGAAAACUUCUCGGAUUUAUUCUCUCAAACUCCAUCUAAAACUUAUUCAAGGAUCUCAAAACUUCGCAUGUCAAAGGAACAGAAUAUACACCACACAUUGGCCGGGUUUGGAGUAUGUGCGAAUGCUAGUUGGCGAGAAAUCAGAAGUUAAAGUGGCAGCACUUUUGUGUUCGAGGACGGAGGAAUAAUGGCGGUGGUGGGCCAAAGACACACCCGACAAAUGAUGGCUUUCCACGGUAAUGGUGUCUCUCAGCAUGCUAUUCUGGCUGCAGCUACAACUGUUCCAUAUUAUACUCCAGUUGUACCUACACAAGAAGUCCAGCCAGAUCGACCCAUCGGGUAUGGAGCGUUUGGAGUUGUAUGGUCUGUAACAGAUCCCAGGGAUGGUAAACGCGUUGCGCUCAAGAAGAUGCCAAAUGUCUUCCAGAAUCUGAUCUCAGCCAAACGUGUUUACAGAGAACUGAAAAUGCUGUCCCAUUUCAAGCAUGACAAUGUAUUGCUGGCUUUAGAUAUCCUCCAACCUCCACAAAUAGACUUCUUCCAGGAAAUCUAUGUAAUAACAGAAUUGAUGCAGAGUGAUUUACACAAGAUCAUCGUCUCUCCGCAACCUCUCACCUCAGACCAUGUCAAAGUAUUCCUGUACCAAAUCAUGAGAGGUUUAAAAUAUCUGCAUUCGGCACGAGUGUUACAUCGAGACAUCAAGCCUGGCAAUCUAUUGGUCAACAGCAACUGUGUUCUCAAGAUUUGUGACUUUGGUUUGGCGAGGAUAGAUGAGCCAGAUGAUAACAGACAUAUGACGCAAGAAGUCGUUACGCAAUACUACAGAGCCCCAGAGAUACUCAUGGGCACAAAGCAUUAUGGGUCUGCAAUUGAUAUUUGGAGCGUCGGGUGUAUAUUCGCUGAACUCCUUGGACGAAGAAUAUUAUUUCAGGCCCAGAGCCCAAUACAACAAUUGGAUCUCAUUACUGAUCUCUUAGGAACUCCCAGUCUGUCAGACAUGAAGACGGCCUGUGAGGGUGCCAAAGCACACGUCCUACGUGGCGGCACAAAAUCUCCAUCCAUGGCGGCACUUUAUACACUAUCAAAUCAGGCCACACAUGAAGCAGUUCACUUACUCUGCCGCAUGCUUGUCAUGGACCCAGACAAACGUAUCACCGCCACUGACGUGCUAGCUCAUCCUUAUUUAGACGAGGGCAGGUUACGUUACCACUCUUGCAUGUGUAAAUGUUGCCACAAUACGCCUGGUGGGCGCCAAUAUACCUCCGACUUCGAACCCAUCUGUCCAAAUCCAUUCAGUUACACAUUCGAGGAUGAGCUCACAUCUCUACACAAAGUCAAAGACAAGCUGUACAAAUUCAUACACGAGCAACAAAGUCACACGCGAAUCCCAUUAUGCAUUAAUCCAAGCUCCGUGGCCUUCAAGAGCUUCGCCAACUCUACUGUAGCACAACACUCAGAACUUCCCCCCUCUCCUCACCAGUGGGAAUAACUCCACCUGGUGUCAGAAAUCUGUACCAAAUAGUACUGCCCUCUAGUGGAGGUUUAUUAACUGAAGGUGCUGCCAUCUUGUGUGGAAUAUGGAAACUCACAGCUGAUGAUGUCAUACUUGUGAUGUCAUAGUAGUCCACAUACGUCUUAGUUUAAUGUUUUAUGCUUGUAAAUAUUUCACCACAAUUGACUAAGAGGAAAUGUGUGUAUGCGGAAUAAUUGUGCCAUUUUGCAUGAGGCACAUAUGAAAGUAUUAUUAUUAUAUACAAAAAGGAACAAAGUUGGCGGGGCCUUUUUAGCAAUGCAAGAUAACAAUGUCAAAGAGCAUGUCUACAAAAUUUGAAUUUACGACACGAAAAUUAGCUGCAGUGGAUUUUUAUUGCAAUGAUAUUAUUGGUGCAAAGACUAGAGGAGAUUUUAUGCAAUGUUUUUUUAUAACUACAAGCUUUAGUUGAAGUGAGUUAGGCAAUCAUACGUUCAACUUUGAGCAUAAUACAGUAACACAUACUGUAAAAUAGAGGAAGAUUACAUGUUUUACAGUACUGUACAACCCCUCUCCCUCAAUGUUGUCUCAAACAACGCAUUCCCAGUGAGCUAUUCACCUCUCAGAGGCAGCUUCGUAGUCAUAGGAGUUGCAGUACAUUCACACAUUUUGUAUCACAGCUGCCACUGAAAGGUGAAAGGUGUCACUAACAUGCGUCUGCUGUUUGCAUUUACACCCAAGGUAUUAUGGGUAAAACACAGUCCAAAAACUGCUCACACCACUUGAGAAUCUCCCCUUGAGGGAAGCAAUACCAACAUAAAAUGAAUAAAAUCUCAACUAAUUUAUUACUUCAUUUUAAAAAUGUAAUAUAGUUUUCUCUCACUAGAGGGAGUAAGAUUCUCAGUGGGAUACUCAUUCAUAGAUCUUGGCAGACGUCAUGUAGUUCUGAAAGUGCUCAAAAGAGGGAGUCUUGGGUGAUUAAUUUAGGGUCCACUUCUGCAUGUUGCAAUACAUCUAUUCUGCACGUUGCUGUAGAAACGCUAUCAAGACUGAGACAACAAGGUAUAUAGGAUAAUUUAUUCUCAUUUGAUGUAUAAAGUAUUUGAAAUUCAAAUCUGAUGUGUACUGAUUGGACGGUACACGGUAUUUAUAAACAUAUGUACAUUUGGAAACACUUAUUUAUUGUGGAGGUAUGAUAUAUCUGGUCUUUAUCCACACUUCAUGGCUACCUCUAAUAAAGAACAUACAACAAAGAAUGAAUCUGAAAUUAGGCGAGAAAUCAUUUGUGCAACUUUAGUGCAAAUCCUGUGUGAUUUUAGUCUCCGGAAAAUUGAGUCAGAACAUGUUAUUUAUUAGGGAGGUUGAGGUUCAUGUUUUAGGGACAACUUGUACGUGAAUGUGUAUAAUUGUAGUCCUCUAUAGAAAAUACCAUCCUAGUAUUUACUGGCCCAAAUGAGUACGAGGGAAGGGACUUUUUAUAAGGUUCCUAGAAAACCAUUUGAGAGUGGUUCAGUAAUUCCCGUGGGGUCAUAAUAUUUCACAUUCAUGUUAAAGUUCUCUUAAAUGCAUUGAACUCAACCUCCCUAUUAUUUACAAUGAUGCCUAAUGCUGAUUAUUAUGAAAUAAUGUGACAUAAUGUUUCGCUUACAAAUGAGAAUCUGACCAUGAUAUCAGGCACUCUGUAUAACUCCUGGGGUAUAGAGAGGCAGCAUGAGAUGUUUUGAUCAUUUAAAGAG